AUGCUUUUCGAGAUUGUCAUCGCGGCUUUCAUGGGCCUUUCGGCUCUCGCUGCUCCCAUUAGCUCAGACAAACGGGAGUCGACCAACAUCGUCUUGCAGGACGUCCCAGUCGAAGAGAAGCGUGAUACGAGCACCAUCGUCUUGCAGGACGUCCCGGUCGAGGAGAAGCGAGAUGCUGGCCUCAUCGUCUUUCUCGAUGUUCCCGUCCAACAAGAAUAA